GUUUUUCGGUUAGGCUGAGGGGAGAUCAACCCUGACAUCCUCCGAUUGGCGCUCAUUUGGUAAUCCUAUGGUUAAGAAACUUCUCCGAGGUUCAACGGCCAUCAUGUUCUGAACAAAACAAAUCCAGUGAUGUAAUCCUGAGAAUUGAUCCCCACAUGAAUUCUCAAUGCCUUGGGAAGAUUAUUCGGGUAUGCAAAGUCGCACCACACUAUGGUCUUCAUAUUUAGUCUGCUCUUCCUUCCCUGUCUGCCUGAACCCAGACCCCUUCCUUGCGACUUAGGAUGUCUUCUGAUUUCUCUGAAGCUGACAUAAUCGCGCUCGUACGCGAAAAUGACACCUACCCUGAACAGGUGUGGUAUACUAUCGCCGCAUUUCUAUUCGUAGUCGGCUGCUUCCAGUGGGGGUCAUUCGUUCACUCCAAAUUCGCCAGGCGCAGGCACUACGAGUGCGACGAAGAAACGGUUACCGCCAAUGACAUCCAAUACAAAUUUUCUGUCCGUCGUAUCCCACUCGCGAUCAUAAAUUUCUAUCGCGUUGUUGCCUUCCGGUGGACCCUCGAAAUAGGACAAUCCUAUACCCUUAACAUGGCAGAGGUUUUCGUGACUGUGGCAUACAUCGCCCUUUUGCUGAUCUAUGCCUUCAUUAACACAACCUCAGUCGAGGGUCAAAAACUUGAUAUAAUCUACUGGAGCAACCGCAUAGCAAUGCUGGCGUCCAGUCAGUUUCCCAUUAUCACGGCUCUUGGCACAAAGAACAAUCUCGUGUCUUUGGUCACAGGCAUCAGCUACGAUAGGCUCAAUUAUAUUCAUCGAAUGAUGGCUAGGACAUGCUUCAUGCUACUUUGGGUACAUGCGGCGGGCGAAAUAGUAUCCACUCCCUCCUUCCGGGAGACUCUGAACGAAGACUGGCUCCGUCUCGGUAUCACCGCCAUGGUUGCCUUCUCUAUUCUGAUCAUAGUAUCACUGCGUCCCGUUCGCAAUGAUGUCUAUGAGGUCUUCUUCUAUGUCCACUUCCUUGGCGUCCUGAUAUUCCUGGUGGGAGGAUAUUACCACACCAAAGGUGCUUACGGGUCGUACUGGAUAUGGCCAUCGUUUGUGUUCUGGGCUUUCGAUCGCUUCAUCCGGGUCGUUCGAGUUGUUGUAUUCAAUCACUCUUACUUUGGCUUCAAGUCAGGAACUGGGACAAUGGACGCAGCGACAGAGUUGCUUUCCGAAAAUAUCGUUCGCUUGCGCCUACGUCGACCCCGACAUUUCCACUGGUCCCCAGGACAAACGGCAUAUCUAAUCAUGCCCUCAGUUUCGACACUGCCAUUCGAAGCGCACCCAUUUACUAUUGCGAGUUUCGAUUCUAGUCUUCUGUCGACCGCAAAACCAGAGGGAAGCGGUGAAAAUUACGAAACCCAGGUUCUGGGAUCAAGCGCUCCGUUCUGGAAGGAGCUAGUGUUUUUGGUCAACGUGCAUGGAGGGUUCACGAAAAAGCUCAAGGAGGUAGCUGUCACGAAGGGCAAAGUUAAAGUUUUUGUAGAUGGUCCUUAUGGACCGUCUUCUGACCUCGGUUCUUACGACACGUCUGUAUUUGUGGCAGGAGGAUCUGGUAUAUCGUACACCCUCCCGGUUUUUCUGAGCGUUAUCGAGUCCGUGCGCAAGAGGAAAAGCUCCUGCAAACGGGUGGUGUUCAUUUGGUGCAUACGCGGGGCUGGGUAUGUUCGAUGGAUUGAAGAAGCACUCAUCAAGGCUGUUCAGCUUGCUCCACCUUCUUUGACAGUAUCCAUUCGUAUCUUUAACACUGGUUCUCCAUUAACGUCACAGUACAUGGAAGAAGAUUCCAGCCUUUCAAGUCCGACAGAGAAGAACAGCAUUUCCGAACAAAUUCUGACAAGGAAGGGUUCUAUAACGUCGUCAAUGCUAUUUUCGUUACGCGAGGUCAGGAUGGAAAGUGGACGAGCGAACCUGAAUGCACUGCUCAUAGAAGAGGUCAGCAUGGCCUCGGGGAGUAUGUCGGUGAGCGUUUGCGGAUCGCAGGGUAUAGCACGUGCGGUCCGUCAUGCACUUCGCUUCCCUGUCUCCGGACCUACCAGUAUUCUCAGUGGAGGACCGAGCGUGACCCUUCAUGUCGAAUCAUUCGGAUACGCCUGAUAGUCACCUCUCCUUAAAGUUCUUGUUCCCUGUUAUGCAUGACCUAUUUUGUUUUCUUACUCGCCAGAGUUUCUUGUAGUUUGUUAUUGUAGCUGUUUAACAAGGGCUUUAUCAUCUAUUAAUAUUGGGCUCAAUCCUG